UUCUCUGUCACUGUCUCUUUUGCCUGUUGUAAUUCUGUCUGCCUCUCUGGGACUCUGCCUGUCUCACUCUUUCUGUCUGUGCCUCUCCUCACUCUUGUUCUUUCUGCCUGAAUCACAGCCCUCAGUUUUUCUGUCCUCAUGCAUUUGUCUUUGUGGCUCUUUCCAUCCUUCUGCCCUUGACACCAUCCCCUCUCUCAGUGCUUUCCCUCUGCUUCCAGAUCGCUUCAUGACUUAGGCAGGGAAACAGAGGCCAGGGCCUCUUUCCAGGCUUCCCUCUGCAUCUUACUGAGUAUGCAGGUCGGAAGAGCCUCGGGUCCUGCCUCUGCGGGUGGCCUAGAGCCAAAGGAAGGCGGAGCCCAUCGGGGCGGGAUUGGCCCUUAGGGCCACCUCAUAAAGCCUGGGGUGAGGGGCACGACGGCCUUGGGAAGGAGCCCUGUUGGGGCUGUUCGGUCCGACAGACCUCACAGGCUCAGUCAGGGAUCUGCAGUGUCAUGCCUGGGAGCCCUCGGCCCGCGCCGAGCUGGGUGCUGUUGCUGCGGCUGCUGGCGUUGCUGCGGCCCCCGGGGCUGGGUGAGGCAUGCAGCUGCGCCCCGGCGCACCCUCAGCAGCACAUCUGCCACUCGGCACUUGUGAUUCGGGCCAAAAUCUCCAGUGAGAAGGUAGUUCCUGCCAGUGCAGACCCUGCUGACACUGAAAAAAUGCUCCGGUAUGAAAUCAAACAGAUAAAGAUGUUCAAAGGGUUUGAGAAAGUCAAGGAUGUUCAGUAUAUCUAUACGCCUUUUGACUCUUCCCUCUGUGGUGUGAAACUAGAAGCCAACAGCCAGAAGCAGUAUCUCUUGACUGGUCAGGUCCUCAGUGAUGGAAAAGUCUUCAUCCAUCUGUGCAACUACAUCGAGCCCUGGGAGGACCUGUCCUUGGUGCAGAGGGAAAGUCUGAAUCAUCACUACCAUCUGAACUGUGGCUGCCAAAUCACCACCUGCUACACAGUACCCUGUACCAUCUUGGCCCCUAACGAGUGCCUCUGGACAGACUGGCUGUUGGAACGAAAGCUCUAUGGUUACCAGGCUCAGCAUUAUGUCUGUAUGAAGCAUGUUGACGGCACCUGCAGCUGGUACCGGGGCCACCUGCCUCUCAGGAAGGAGUUUGUUGACAUCGUCCAGCCCUAGUAGGGACCAGUGACCAUCACAUCCCUUCAAGAGUCCUGAAGAUCAAGCUGGUCCUCCUCCCCUGCAGAGCUUUGGCCAUUACCACCUGACCUCUUGCUGCCAGCUAAUAAGAAGUGCCAAGUGGACAGUCUGGCCAUUGUCAAGACGGGGAAGGGGACAUGACUUUUCUGCCCUGCCCUCAGCCUGUUGCCCCUGCCUCCCAAACCCCAUUAGUCUAGCCUUGUAGCUGUUACUGCAAGUGUUUCUUCUGGCUUAGUCUGUUUUCUAAAGCCAGGACUAUUCCCUUUCCUCCCCAGGAAAAUGUGUUUUCCUUUGUCUUAAUCGAUCUGGUAGGGGAGAAAUGGUGAAUGUCAUACAUAUGAGAUGGUAUAUCCUUGUGAUGUACAAUACCAGAAGGUGGUUUGACAGCAUCAUAAACAGGCUGACUGGUGGGAAUGAAAACAACAACAUACUGUGGCUGUGUACCCCUCUACUUCCCCUGUCUCAACUCAUCCUAAUCCUCUGAUACACUUUCAUCUGUUUGGGGGAGUCAUUUGAGGGACACAGAAUCACUCAAUGUGAGAGCUAGAAUGGCCUAACCUGCCUCCCAAUGCUGUUAUCCCCUCUAUACCAUUUCUGGCAGAGGGUCCCACCUGGUUAGCACACCUCUUUGAAUAAGAAUGCACUUACUGUCUCAGAAUAGGUACUACCUCGCCAAGUUAACUAUCCUUAAUGCCCUCAACUGAUGUCCAUAAGGCUUCUCUUCUGUCUCUUUUAAAUUACUAACAUCUUCAUUCCUAUUUCAGAACUUUUUAAAAGCCAUAAAGCCUUUUUCUUAUAGAGUUGAAA